ACAUUAUAAAGUCACCAAAACGAAACCCUAGUUUUCUCCCCUCCCUUCUUUAUUCUAUUCUCUCUACUCCUUUAAUUUCUCUUGUGCUUUCCUUUCCUUCCUCUCCGCUUUUAGCUUUUUUGAUCGAUCCCACAACAUCGAAUCGGAUUACAACCUUAAAACGUUAUAUAUAUACAUGUAGGAGGUAAGUUCAUGUAUAUGUGUGAUCGGUGGGAAUCAUCAGAUAUAAUAUAAAUCAAUCAGAAGAAUAAGGUGUAGCUAAAGUGGAUCGAAAUCAUGGAAAGAGAGCAGGUUCAUCCGAAGAAGCGCAAGAGAAAGAAGAAGAUCACUUGUUCCCAAUAUACUCAGAUCGUUCACAGCAAGACAUGUCGGCCAUGGUUUCUGCUCUUGCUCAAGUCAUUGGGGCUUCCCCUAAUGCUUACAAUCACGAUCAUCCCUUGGCCGUGUCUCAGUCCGGUUCUCAACAUAACAGUACUGAUCAAUGUCUUCAAGCAUUUCAACAACAUGAAGAAAGCAGCACGAGGAAGAGACACUACAGGGGAGUGAGGCAAAGGCCAUGGGGGAAAUGGGCGGCUGAGAUUCGAGAUCCCAAGAAAGCCGCCAGAGUUUGGCUCGGAACCUUCGACACCGCCGAGGCCGCCGCCCUCGCCUACGACGAAGCCGCUCUUAGAUUCAAAGGAAGCAAAGCUAAGCUCAAUUUCCCCGAAAGAGUUCAACUUCAGCCACCUUCCACAACGACGUCGUCUUCCUCUUCUUCCUCAGCUCAAUUUUCUUUCCUCACGCAACCACCACUCGCUCUUGCUCCUCCAACGAUGCCGUUCUCUUCACAACAACCUUAUCAUGAUCAUAAUUACCAAUAUCAUCAUCAACUUCAUCUGAUGGCAAGUGGUGGGACGAGCCAGAAUUUGAAUUAUGGUACUCAUGUGCGGCCUGGAUUUUAUGGGAGAGACAUGUUUCAUUCUUCUGAUCACCAGCAACAACCUUAUACGGCUGUGUCUUCCUCGUCUUCCUCGUCUGGAAUGUCUCACCAGCAACAAGAACAAGAAGAGCUUCUACAGUUUUCGAUGCAAUUUGGAGGUUCUUCGUCUUCUAGUUCUCAUCCUCAUUCGAAUUGGACGUAUCAUGAAUUUGAUGGUAAACGUUGACGAUCGAAUAUUGGAUGCUAAUAAUAAAUUAAAUUUAGGUACGGUUUUUAUAUAUUUGCAAUAUCAGAUUUUAAUAGUAUAAAAUUAUGACAGACACUCAAGAGUUUCAAAAGAAUUUCCUGUGUCAUAAUUUUAUCAAGAAAGCUGAUGAUAGUAAAUAUCUUAAAGAUUUUACCCAAAUUUAAUCUACAAAAUACAUGCAUGUUGUCCUUCACAAUUAAUUGUUUGUUAUUUUGUGUGAUGAGUCACUUUGGUUUGAUGUUUUAAUUGUUGUUUCCGUUAUUUGAUGAUUGCAUCUCAAGUUAAUGAUCAAUAUAUUAUGUUUCCAUUCCUGAUGAUUA